AUGUCUUACAACGAUAACGACAACGACAACAGCUACGGAAGCUCUGGUCGACAAGGAGGUGACGCUGGCUACGGUGCCGGUCGUAGCUACGGUGAUGAUGAUGUCGGGCGCGAAUCUGGCGUAAACGCCGAUGGCAGCUACGGCUCCUCACGCAACGAAGGCCUAGGCGAUUCAUCCUACGGUUCUUCCAAUCGUACUGGAGGAGGCGAUUCAUAUGGUAGCAGCAACACCUAUGGGAGCUCGGGACGCACGGGAGGAGACAGCUAUGGAGUAAGUGACCCACUCCUUCAGAUAACGGAGAUAUAUGUUGAGCUACCUCGCUAA